GGAAGGGUUCCAGUAUUUCGUGAUUUACCUCAUCUCCUUGAUGAUGUCUGUUCUUGAAACGGUGUGCAGAAUGGCUGUUGGAAUAUAUCUCCCCCCUCAGCAUAUUAUAUAUAAAGUUAAACGUUGAACCAAAGACACUGAACCGCUCCUCUGGGCCCGAACCAACUGUUUUCUCUCAACCAAGUCUUGGAAGUUUAUCUCUUCUUCCUCAGAGCUUCUUUCGGUCGCGUUUAUUUGCUGGCUCAAACCAAUCCAAGCAGCUCAACUUGGUUCCAGCAAGCAAGAGUUAAUUUUUGGACAGUGUACUCUGAUUCUUGGGUAACCAAGAUAACUUCCCUGCGGAUAGUUAACUACACUCUUGAUAGUAGCAGCUACGUGUAUAUAUAUUGAGUUUUUCCUUUCCUGUAACUACAUAUACGGUAAACUCAAUCUCGAAACCCUAGUGAAAAUAAAUAUUAUACUGCCAUCCAUGGCUCGGCUCCUCGACAGUAGAUUGCUGGUCUGGAUCCCCUGGCCGUGGCUGAACCUUUGCUAGUUGCUGCCGUCUUAGCUCCAGCGCCGAACCCCCAUCAACUCCCACUGCACCGCUCGCCGAGUAUUCAAUUCUCUCAAACACACCAUAACUACUGUGUACUAUAACUACUGCUUAUUCCUAUAUUCCUACCCGUUUGGUUCCUCCAUCCCUAGCCCGUUACUGUCAAUUCCACCGUUGACCAUCACCAUGUCUCUCCUGGAAGCCCGCGUCAAGGCCAUUCUGUCUGGCGAUACCCUCAUCUUGACACAUGUCACCAACCGUAGCCAGGAACGGACAUUGAGCUUGGCCUAUGUCUCCGCUCCGCGACUACGAAGAGAAGGCGAUGAGCCAUUUGCCUUCCAAUCUCGAGAAUUCCUCCGUGAACUGCUCGUAGGCAAGGUCAUUAAGUUCCAGGUUCUCUACACCGUCCCCACCACAAAACGAGAAUACGGCAUCGUGAAACUUCCCAAUACCCAGGAGCUUCCUGAACUCUGCGUUGCGGAAGGAUGGGUCAAAGUGCGCGAGGAUGCGGGCAAGCGGGAAGAAUCUGAGGAUACUUUGACGCUGCUGGACAAGCUGCGGGAUCUUGAAAACCGUGCCCGGACAGAAUCCAAGGGCGUCUGGGCGUCGACUAGCGGGGAUCUCGAAACAGCCCACGAAGUGCCAGACCCAAAGGCACUGAUUGAGAGCGAGAAGGGCAACCAAAUUGAUGCAGUUGUUGAGAGGGUACUUAGCGGCGACCGCCUGCUGGUCCGGCUGCUUGUAGCCCCACAUAAACAUAUUCAAACUUUGGUUGCCAUUGCAGGUAUCCGUGCUCCGGCUACGAAACGGACGAACGCAGACGGCACAGAACAACCGGGCGAACCACUUGGAGAACAGGCUCAGCAGUUCGUGGAGCUACGGCUACUCCAGAGGAAGGUCAAGAUCUCGCUGCUUGGUCUGACACUGCAAAAUCAACUCGUUGCCAGCGUCCUCCAUCCCAAUGGCAAUAUCGCGAAGUUCCUUCUCGACGCUGGUCUGGCCAGGUGCGCCGACCACCACUCAACUAUGAUCGGAAAGGAUAUGGCUAUUCUACGGCAGGCUGAAACCGCCGCGAAGGAAGCGCGGAAGGGAUUGUUCCUGAGCCAUACUGGCCCCAAAGCCGGCGCUGGUGCCGCCCAAACGGAUUACGUUGUGAGUCGAGUGUUUAGCGCAGAUACGAUUUUCGUGCGAACGAAGACUGGAAAGGAUGAGAAGCGGGUAAGCCUCAGCAGUGUCAGACAACCAAAGCUGUCCGACCCUAAGCAGGCGCCUUUCGUCGCAGAAGCCAAGGAAUUUAUGCGCAAGAAGCUUAUUGGCAAGCAUGUCAAAGUAAAAAUUGACGGCAAAAGACCUGCAUCGGACGGUUACGAGGAACGGGAGGUUGGUACGGUCAUUUCGGGAAAUACAAACAUGGCAUUGGCCCUCGUGCAGGCUGGCUACGCUUCCGUUAUCCGGCAUCGUCGUGACGAUGACGACCGGUCUCCCGAGUACGAUACUCUACUACAGGCAGAAGAAGCAGCUCAGAAAGAGGGCAAGGGAAUGUGGUCACCCAAACCCCCAACAACCAGAGCGCUUCAGGACUACUCCGAAAAUGUACAAAAAGCUAAGAUUCAGGCUUCUGUUCUCCAACGGCAGAGAAAGGUGCCUGGUGUCGUCGAUUUCGUAAAAUCCGGCUCCCGAUUCACCAUCAUACUCUCCAAAGACAAUGCUAAGCUCACCCUGGUCCUUGCCGGUAUCCGCGCACCCAGAUCCGCAAGAAACCCUGGAGAGAGUGGAGAGCCUUUUGGACAAGAAGCGCACGACUUCGCCUAUCGAAGAUGUAUGCAACGCGACGUUGAAAUUGACGUCGAGACAAUCGACAAGGUCGGUGGCUUCAUUGGGAGUCUUUACAUCAAUAGAGAAAGCUUUGCCAAGAUUCUCGUUGAAGAAGGCCUUGCUACCGUCCAUGCCUACUCUGCCGAACAGGGAGGUCACGCUGCGGAGCUGUUCGCAGCAGAAAAGAAAGCGAAAGAGGCGCGAAAGGGCCUGUGGCAUAGUUGGGAUCCAAGCCAGGAUCUGGAGGAGGACGAGGGUGCUACUGUAGGCGGAACCAAUGACGCAGACAGUGGAGCAGACGCGCCCCAGCGAGAGAAGGACUACCGCGACGUGAUGGUUACGAACAUCGACGAAGACGGAAAGUUAAAGAUCCAGCAAAUUGGCGCCGGCACCACAGCUCUCACGGAGAUGAUGAGCGCGUUCCGAACCUUCCACCUCAACAAGGCCAAUGACACUCCACUCAGCGGCCCUCCCAAGGCCGGAGAUCUGGUCGCAGCCAAAUUCACGGAGGACAACGAGUGGUACCGCGCGAAGAUCCGGAGAAACGAUCGGGAAGGCAAGAAGGCGGACGUCAUAUACAUCGACUACGGCAACUACGAAACCGUGCCCUGGACCCGUCUCCGCCCGCUGACGCAGCCCCAGUUCUCCGUGCAAAAGGUUCGACCCCAAGCCACCGACGCAGUCCUGUCCUUCCUACAAUUCCCCGUGUCUCCCGAGUACCUCCGCGAUGCUGUAGGAUACCUUGGCGAACGAACAUUUGAUCGCCAAUUAGUUGCGAAUGUCGACUACACAGCACCGGAUGGUACAUUGCACGUUACUCUGCUCGACCCGUCCGAAUCGAAGAGUCUCGAGCACAGCAUUAAUGCCGAUGUAAUCAGUGAGGGUCUCGCGAUGGUCCCGCGCAAACUUAAGGGGUGGGAGCGGUCUGCGACUGAGACGCUGAAGCAUCUGGAGAAGCUGCAGGAUGAGGCUAAGGAGGGGCGGAAGGGAAUGUGGGAAUAUGGGGAUCUGACGGAGGACUAAAAGUCAAAAAGAUAUAAGGGAGGAGGAGCUUUUCUUUAAAUUAGGGUUCUGAUGACUCGGGGUAGGUAUGACGUAUAGUUUUUUAUCUGAUCUUGUUUUCCAUACAAAUAAUACACUUGGCAGAUGGACCGGUGAAUCAUACAAAUGUUUGGAUUAUACAAACACUUUGAUUUAUUUUUUCGCCUUCAAAGGGGACAGAAAUGUAAAAUAAUAAUCAUACCUAGUAUUUCAACAACAGAGGCAAUACCUAUCUUUCUAUUAACUAUACUCCGUUACUCCGUAGUUACUUCAGCUGUUGCCUGUUACUUUGUAGAUUUGUUGUAUGCAUGCAUGUCUAUUUUAUUUCAUACAUUCC